UGACUAUCCUGUGGGCAGUCAGGGGUGGAAAUAUCCCUUAUGCUGUUUGAGAAGAUCCAGCUGAGAGAACUGUUUACUCGGUGCUUUGUGCUGAACUGUUUGACUGGAGCUGUGUGUUGGAUAUUGAGUGUGUUUAUUGGAAGCAUUUCCCUCUGAUUUCCAGACUGAGUUUGUGAUGGCUCAUUCCUGAAUAUAAGAAGAAGGAUUGCCCCGUACUACAGCAGAGAAUACAGGGAGGACAGACACUGCAGAGAGAUCCUGACCAUCACUGAAGGAACAACUUCACAACUGUGGGAAGACAUCCAGUCCCUUUGCAGGAUUGCUCAACACAGAGAAGGUUGAGCAGUCUAGCCAUCAUCUAGGAAUCAGUCAAGUCAGGGGAGCUUUGACACAUCAUCAGAUCUGAAACUGGUCAGUGGAGUGGAGCCUUCCAUCAGAACCAGCCUUUCUGAAGGUUCGGCUGUGGGUGAUCGAUCAGGGUGAGGCUGGGAAGAAGUGUGAGUGGCUCCAAGUGUGGCGAGAGCUUCAAUCAUUCAUUGAGCCGCAUUAACCAGUGACUAAUUCCUUACAGGGGAGAGGCUGUUUGAGUGUGAGGUGUGAGAGGAGGGCUUUACAGCCUCAUAAGAUCCUUCAACACACAAGGUGCAUCGGUUUUAUAACUGUUAACACAUCAACAUGGAGGAGAAGCUGUUCAGGUGUGAGGUUUGUGAGGUGCGUUUUACUCGAUCCUCUGAUCUCCUGAGGCACCAGAGGAUCCACACAGGGGAGAAACCCUUCCAGUGUGAGGUGUGUGACCGAGCCUUCGCACAUUCAUCAACACUAAUGAAUCACCGGCUCAUCCAUACUGGGGAGAAACCAUUCAAGUGUGAGGUUUGUGAUCAGGCCUUCACACGGUUAUCGACUCUCAUGAAUCACCGAUUCACCCACACAGGGGAGAAGCCGUUCAAGUGUGAGGUGUGUGAGCAAGCCUUUACUUGGCCAACCACUCUCAUGAAACACCGACGUGUUCACACUGGGGAGAAACCAUUCAAGUGCGAGGUGUGUGACAAGAACUUUGCGCAGUCAUCAGCCUUGGUGGAUCACCGACACAUUCACACAGGGGAGAGGCCUUUCAUGUGCGAGGUUUGCACCAAAUCAUUCUCGCAGUUAUCAUCCCUCCGCGUACACCAGCGCAUUCACACAAGGCAGAAGCUGUUCAAGUGCGAGGUAUGUGACAAAUCCUUCUUGCACUCAUCUCAUUUUCGUGUACACCAGCGCAUUCAUGCAGGGGAGAAGCCAUUCAGUUGCGGGGUAUGUGACAAAUCGUUCUCACAUUCAUCGACCCUCCGUGCACAUCAACGUAUUCACACAGGAGAGAAGCCAUUCAGGUGCGAGGUUUGUAUGAAGGCUUUCAGCUACUCCUCAAAUCUGCUGAGGCAUCAGAGGAUUCACACAGGGGAGAAACGCUUUAAGUGUGAGAUGUGUGACCGAGCAUUCACACAUGCAGCAACUCUCGUAAAUCAUCGACGUGUGCACACCGGGGAGAAGCCAUUCACGUGUGAGGUAUGUAACGAGGGCUUUGCAGGAUCGUCAGGCCUGGUGAAUCACCAGCGCAUUCACACAGGGGAGAAACCGUUCACUUGUGAGGUGUGUGGCAAAUCAUUCUCACGGACUUCGACUCUUCGUGAACACCAACGCAUUCAUACAGGGGAGAAGCCAUUCGCGUGCGAGGUAUGUGAGAAAACUUUCUCAAAUUCGUCCCACUUUCGCGUGCAUCAACGUAUUCACACGGGAGAGAAACCCUUCACCUGUGAGGUGUGUGACAAAGCUUACAGAACCUCCUCGAAUCUCCUAAUUCAUCAGAGAAUCCACACUGGGGGAGAAACCCUUCAAGUGAGACUUAAAGACAGCAACAUGGAAGAAAAGCCCUUCAAGAGUGAGAUAUGUGACCGAGCCUUCAUGCAGACAUCAGCACUCGGGGAACGCCAAUGGAUUCACACUGGGAAGGAGCCGUUCGAAUGUGAGGUGUGUAAGCAGAACUUUACAAAGUUAUCAGGCCUGGUGAAUCAUCGCCGUGUUCACACUGAGGAAAAACCAUUCACGUGCGAGACUUGUGACAAAUCGUUCUCACAGUCAUCAAAGCUCCUAAUGCAUCAACAUAUUCACACAGGGGAGAAACCCUUCACAUGUGAGGUGUGUACCAAAUCAUUCUCUGAUUCUUCGACCCUCUGCAAACACCAACGCAUUCACACACAGGAAAAACCAUUCACAUGUGACACAUGUGACAAAUCGUUCUCACACUCAGAAAACCUCCGUAGACACCAACGCAUUCACACAGGAGAGAAACCAUUCAAUUGUGAGGUUUGUAACAAAUCAUUCUCACAAUCAGUGAACCUCCGUGCACACCAACGUAUUCACACAAGGGAAAAACCAUUCAAAUGCGAGAUGUGUGACAAAUCAUUUUCAUCGUCAUCGAACCUCCGCACGCACCGACGCAUUCACACGCGGGAGAAACCAUUUACUUGUAAAGUGUGUGACAAGUCAUUCUCGGAUUCAUCCGCCCUUCGUAGACACCAACAUCUUCACACAGGAGAGAAACCAUUUGUGUGUGAGGUCUGUGACAAAUCAUUUGCAGACUCAUCAAGACUUCUGCUCCAUCAGAGGAUUCACACAGGGGAGAAACCAUUCACAUGUGAGGUGUGUAACAAAGCAUUUUCAGUGUCAUCGGCCCUCCACAAGCACCAGGGCAUUCAUGCAGAUGUGAAGCCAUUCACAUGUGAGGUGUGUGACAAAUCAUUCUCACAGUCAGAGAACCUCCGCACGCACCAACGUAUUCACACAGGGGAGAAACUGUUCAUGUGUGAGGUGUGCAACAAAUCAUUCUCACGGUCGUAUAACCUUCGCAGACACCAAUAUGUUCACACGGGAGAGAAACCAUUCACAUGCAAUGUGUGCAACAAAUCAUUCUCGAGGUCUUGGGACUUCCUCGUCCAUCAGAGGAUCCACACAAGGAAAUAAUUGUUAAAGUCUGAGAUUUGUGAUGAGCCACCCAGGAAACCACAGGAUUUAAGAGGGAGAAAGUCUUCAGGUACAAUAUUUGUGACAAGUCUUUUGAACAGUCAGCAUAUCUCCUGAUCCAUUAACAUACUCACAAGAAAGAAAUUGUACCAAGAUGAGUUUUGUAAUAAAGCCUUCACACAGUCUCGGACCUCCUGGAACAUUAAUGAUCCCAUACAGGCCCACUUGUACCAAUCUGCCCUCAGACUGUGAACCUGUACACAAUCACACUGUGCAGGAUGUUCAGUGGGACUGGGACGCAGAACAAGAAGCAACUAGUGAUGACAUCACCGUGCUGAGGGAUUAUGAUGUAACAAUGGAGUGACCCUGCAGUGUGAUGUCAGUGAAACAGGACUUGGAGUAACCCCCAGGCAGUGAGGACAACCCGCUGUGUUUGUAUCCAGAGGGUUUACACAAACUGAACAACACUGUGCACAGAUAGAGUGUA